GUUCUAGAUUGUUUGGUCGCAUCGCAUCGCUACAAUUCUCUUAUCUAAUCAGUCGUUCAACUUUACAGCACACAAAUCUGAACCCUAAGCCGAAAAAAUUCAGGGCCAAAAAUACUGCCAGUGCAUUCACCCACUACCCACUGCUAAGCAACAAUCCCACCAACCGACCCGAAAUUUCGUGAGAGCCACCUCAAUCCAACCCGGCAGCUAAACGAACUUCCUCUCCUCAAACUUCCUAACCCAACGACCAAUUCUUCAGUCAAUCAUCAGAUUAAACCGUCAAGAUGGCUGUCCCGGGUACUCAAAUUUCCAAGCGCAGAAAGUUCGUCGCCGAUGGUGUCUUCUACGCCGAGCUAAACGAAUUCUUCCAGCGCGAGCUGGCCGAGGAGGGUUACUCCGGCGUCGAGGUGCGCGUCACACCCACGGUGACCGACAUCAUCAUCCGCGCGACACACACCCAAGAAGUCCUCGGUGAGCAGGGCCGCCGCAUCCGCGAGUUGACCUCCCUCAUCCAGAAGCGCUUCAAGUUCCCCGAGAACUCCGUCUCCCUGUACGCCGCCAAGGUCCAGAACCGUGGUUUGUCCGCCGUCGCCCAGUGCGAGUCUCUCCGCUACAAGCUUCUCAACGGUCUCGCCGUCCGUCGUGCCUGCUAUGGUGUCCUACGCUUUAUUAUGGAGUCGGGCGCCAAGGGUUGCGAGGUCGUCGUCUCCGGUAAGCUACGUGCUGCCCGUGCCAAGUCCAUGAAGUUCACCGACGGCUUCAUGAUCCACUCUGGUCAACCCGCCCGCGACUUCAUUGACAGCGCCACCCGCCACGUCCUUCUCCGUCAAGGUGUGCUCGGUAUCAAGGUCAAGAUCAUGCGCGGCUCCGACCCCGAGGGCAAGGCCGGUCCCUCCAAGUCUCUCCCUGACGCCGUCACCAUCAUCGAGCCCAAGGAGGAGUCUAGCAUUGUCACGCCCAUGAGCCAAGACUACGGCGCUAAGGCCGCCCAGAUUCAGGCUCAGGCCGAGGCUGCUCGUGCCGCCGAGGAAGGUGGUGAGGAGGCCGCUCCCGCUGAGGAAUAGGUUUGAGCAGCCGGUGCUGGGCUCCUCAACCAAACGGUGGUAGUCAAGGAAAGAAAGGACGGACGAACGGAUGGAUGGAUGACAUGUUUACGAAGGGAUACUUGAUUCUUCGAGGGCAAGAGAAAAAAAUUCUUCGGCGUCUUUGAACAUAUCAUUUGCAUUGCUGGAA